AUGUCGGACCUUGGCGUGGAAGAAGGGCCAAUCUUCAGUGCGAUAUCAGCUUCAGCCAGACAACUUUUUCUGCUCCUUCGAUGCAUCGGCUUUGCGGACAAGGCCCAGGUUCAAAUCUCGGAGGAGGGGCUUAGGUUCAGCGUAGAAGAGUCGAGCGUCAUGGAGGGGCUCUGCUUUCUAGAAAAAUCCCUUUUCACCAGCUACGUGUACAACAGUACCUCCGCUCGCCCAUCCACACCUAUUUCCCAAGAUUCUGACGCCACCGGAGUUGAUCAACCAAUCUUUCAGAUAUCUCUCCCUUCUCUCCUCGAAACUCUCCAGAUUUUUGGUCUCACCGACCCCAACACAAACCGACCACCAUGGGCCCGCGAUAAUCAUGCUGCGCCCUCUACAGCAUUCUCGUCCAAUGUCCUGGGCAUGAACCACGUCUGUCGCUUGGGAUACGACGCUUCUGGGUCCCCUCUUUCCGUGAUCCUCGAGGAGUCCUCCAUAAAAACCACAUGCGAGCUCACGACCUACGAGCCUGCCUUCGCAACUGACAUUCCAUUCUCCCGCAAAGAUCUCGCCUUGAAAAUCAUCAUGCGCGCCAGCUGGCUGCAUGACGCAAUCACAGAGCUAGCUUCUACUUCACCUACUCGUCUUACGCUCGUGGCUCGUAUGCAGGACGGAAAGCCAUAUUUUGCACUCAGUGCUAGUGGAUCGCUAGGAUCGGCGAGAGUUGAGUUUAACAAUGCCAAAGCCACUACAUUUGCACUAACCGCGACGAACACUGUUCAGCCUGAUACGUCGCCCUCGUUACUAUUGGAAACAUUCCAGCUUGCCGACCCCACCGCUAAAGUAGUAAACUCUUACAAGUUUGACAUGAUUCAAAAGGCCGCCAGAGCUAUGGCUGUGGCCACGAAGGUGAGUGUGAGGGGCGAUGCACAGGGUGUUUUGAGUCUGCAAUUCAUGAUCGAAGUUGAGGCGGGCAAAGUCAGCUUCGUGGAUUUCAGAUUCGUGCCCUUCGUAUUUGAGGAAGGAGACGAGGGUGAUGAGGUCGACAAUGCUGUGGUGGAUGAUGAGGUAGAUCCUUCUGAGGAUGAUUUGUGA